AUGUUUAAACUUCUCGUCGUAUUAGCAUUGGUUGCUGCCAUUCAAGGCCAACUUCCUGGUGGUUUCACAAAUCGUCCUGAACUCGUUGAUCAAGAAUCUACAGGUGCUUUGGUUCGAUUAGCAGUUCAAGAAUUAAAAGAUCAACAAAAUCUUUUUGUAUCACCAGUUAAAGUUCUCACUGUCGGCACUCAAGUUGUCGCCGGAAUGAACUAUCAUAUUGUUUUCACAGCUCGCUCAUUUUCAACAGCUGGUGUUCUUACAUGCACAGCUCGAGUUUAUCAACACUUCACUGGUGUUCAAACAGUUUCCUCAGUUGCUUGUGAUUCAAAAUUCUAA